ACAAUAGUGUCGCUGUCAUAUUGACAUUUCUAAGGCUUUCCAAUUUGUUAUGGACGCUACGUCAAAGUGAGAUUCAGCUCUGGAAACCGUGAGAAAUACUAAACUGUCAUAACUGGACACAUAAUACAUAUAUUUAGCUAUUUGUGCUAAAUAAAGUUUUAACUUCAAAGAUCAUGUCAACUUUGGAGGAUAAGAUUUUGGGAGAGAAACUGCAGUACUAUUGCAGCAGUUCCAGUGAAGAUGAAGAAAACGAUACUGGAGAAUCGGAUAAAGAAUACGAUGACAUAAAGUAUACUGAGGAUAGUGCACAAUAUGCUGUACCUUCAUAUUCAGAAUGGGAUGGGACUUCCAGCAAUACAGGACCUAAAGGUGUCAUAAAGGACUGGCAACGAUAUAAACAGCUAGAAGCAGAAAAACAAGAGUCUCAAGAAAAGGAAAGGUUACAGUUAAUGAAAAAACUGAGUUUAACAUGUCGUAGUGCCUUGGAUGAGGAGAGGGAAAAACUCAAUGAGACAGAUCCAGAUCUGGCAAAUUUACUAACUGAUGAAUUCCUUUUGGAAUAUCAAAGACAGAGGAUGAAGGAGAUGCUUGCAAAAGCAGAGAAGCUUCAGUUUGGAAAGGUUAUUGAUUUGGACAGCACAGACCAAUUCUUAGAGGCUAUUGAUGAAGAAGAUAAGUCAGUGACUAUUAUUGUUCACAUUUACGAGCAUAAUGUACCUGGUUGCGAAGCUAUGGACGGAUGUUUAAUAUCACUUGCUAAAGAAUAUCCUCAUGUAAAGUUCUGCAGAAUUCUAGGAUCAACUGCUGCUCUAAGUACACGAUUCAAGAAAUUUGGCACACCUGCUUUGUUAGUGUAUAAAAAAGAACAAUUGAUAGGAAACUUCGUGCACGUGACAGACUAUCUAGGAACAGAUUUUUACUCAUCAGAUGUGGAAGCAUUUCUCAUUGAACACGGAAUGCUCACUGACAAAAACUGCGUACCUCUUAUCAUCUCAAAGGACGAAAUCAAAGCCUCUGUUAGCGAAUGAAAAAGAUAUUACUCGUUUUAAGAAAAUUAUCAAAAUUUAUUUUAAUUACACAAAGUAAUUCGCCAACUAACUGCCGAUGAAUUGCAUAAUUCAUAUAAUUAGAAUGAGUAGUUUCCUAUAAUUAUCUUAAUUAAACGUCGAAAGAUAACUCUUAAAAAUAAACUCAUCAAAAGAUACUUACAGAUCAAGACAACUCAAAUAUAAAUAAGAAAAGUAGAUACAAAUAAUAGAUUAAAAAAAAGAACAAAUUAAAAGUAAAGAAUUCUUCAUUUUUCUCGCAA